GACAUGAAGGCGGAAGCUGUCGCACAAGUACAAAACUAGCUAGACAAACCCCUCUCUAACACCAAUUUCUCAUCUUUUUGUCUGUUAAUUCUGUAUGUUAGUGAACACCGAGGCAUGUCUUCCAGCCAUUCAAAGGACUCUUUGAGCUUUCUGGGAGGCAGAAUACCACCGGAAGUCGAGUCAUUGUCAAAAAACUUGAAGGAUGUGGACCAAGAGUUGUUCCGAAAAAUACUGAAAGCUGUGGUCAGUGCCCUGGAGGGAAAGGACUGCACAGAGGGGAUGAAGUCCAUAGCAGAGAGCAGUGUCAUCCCGCAGGAGAGGCUCUGUCACAUCGUAGCUGGGAUCCACAGACUGCUGUCUGAGGCCAUCCGCAUCCCCACAGCGUUACUUAAACAGGAGAUCUUUAAGGAAGAUUUGAAGGAGCUAAGAAUACCUGAAGACUUCAUCACAGAUUUCUCCAGUGUGGUUUUUGGAAAUCACCGUGCAGCUCUAGAAGCGGCCACCUCUCAGAAGGAUCCUCAUCUCCCCACACUUGAAGAAUUGAAAUGGAGAGUGGAUGUUGCCAUUUCUACAAGCUCUUUAGCCCGAGCGCUGCAGCCUUCUGUUCUCAUGCAGAUGAAACUUUCAGAUGGGAGGUUUCAACGCUUUGAGGUACCUGUGUCUAAAUUCCAGGAGCUUCGUUACAACGUUGCUUUGAUUCUCAAAGAGAUGAAUGAUCUGGAGAAGAGGAGCAUUCUUAAGAUCCAAAACUAAUACACCAUCCGGAGCUGAUGUUUAUGCUAACUCAUCUCUGCUCAGUUUUUAAAACUCAGUGGAGCUUUUCUACGUUUUUUCAUACGAUGUUAUGCAAGAUAACGCUCUGCACGUCAUUAUCUUAUGCUCUGAUGGUGUUGGCAUCCAACAUACUCGAGACAAGCACUUCACCUCCUACCGUGUAUUUAAAAAUCUAUAAAGUUUUUUGUUCUCGUUGUGCAUUAGUCUUUGAUGUUUGUGUCACAUUUGAAAGUCCUGCAAUCCCACACCUGUGCCAAAAUACAAAAAAAGUCAAGUGGGCGCUCGUGCACGCUGGUCAUGUGAUACACGCUCCUCUUUGAAGCAGAACGUUUUGUUCCCUCACCUCUGGGACUCCAUGUGACAAGAGGUCGAAAAAAUUAUUUAGAAGUCUUUUGGCUAAAAGUGCAACCAUAAGUGUAAAAAGUAACUUUCUUUUAACUAAAAGUUUGUCUUGUUAUGUGUUUGUUUUCCAAAAUAACAUUGAGAUUUUUUUUUUCUCACUGUUGAACCACAUUUCUGUAAUAACAUCUGUCGGUCACUAAAUUUGUAAGGAAUGUUUGAUCUGUUCAGAUUCAAACUGUGUCACAGAAAUAAGAGUUAGAUGAUAAACUGUAAACUUCAAAUGCUGAAAGUCAUUGAAAUGUAUUACAAAGAAAUCUUAUGUGUUCUUGUGACAUCUUUUUACACGAAUGAAACUGAUGUUUUUGAUUAACUGCAGCUAUUUUGUAGAUUAAAUGGAACUCGGUAUCAUUUCACUCUACUUAUUUCUAUUCUUUCUAUGACAACAUGAAUGUAAGUGAACGAAUGUAUGGUGAGGGAAUAAUAGGAUAGUCCCAAUUUGAAAGUAUUAUAAAAGGAAACAAAAUAUUACUAACCACGAUCAAGAAACACAGAAGGAAGGAAAGUACAGCUUUAGUCUGUGCUUUUCUGUUAAUUUGGUGUUGUUCUGAGUGGGCGUGUCUUUAAAGUUUGCUGCAGGCAGCAAAGCAUUUAGGCUAAAAUAUUAUGCGUGAUGUAACAUAUGGAGUUGCUUUAGCUUUGUAAGUUUGAUCAUUUAACUUCAUAUUAGACUAUAAAACGAAUGAGUUGCUGGAUUGAUCGGGAUCACGAUGCUAACACAAAGUUUAGCGUGAUGCUCUGCUUAACAGACCUACAGACUGAACUUCAUGCUGUCUCCUCAGGGCAACAUUAAAACAGAUGUUAAGUCUAAGCAACAUAAAGAAAAAAUGCUUUGUAAUGUACUAUUUUUCAGUUGGGAUAAACUAAUCCCAUUGGCGAGCUAAAUGAAAACUUGUACGUUUAAGCUCAUCUCCUUGAAUGCCUCUGUAUCAUUUUGAGUGCAGAUGCUAUUUUUAGGUCUUUUGUUGGAAGUGCUGUUGGGUUUCCCUGUAGUUGCCUUUGCAACUACAGGGAAACCCAGUAGUUGCUCGCCUGCUCGAUCUCCUCCGGUGAGUGAAAACUUAAAACAGACAAAGUUGAAUGAAGGCAAAUAUGCUGAGUAGUGGAACUGGUGAGUGACUGUUACACUC